AUGGAAGUUGAACUCUUAGCCUUCAAACAAAACCAAACUUGGAUCAUCACUAAUUUGCCUCUUGGGAAAGAGGCUAUUGAUUGCAAGUAUAUCUACAAGACCAAGUUUAAUGUUGAUGGGUCUGUAGAAAGGUUGAAAGCACGACUUGUGGCAAAGGGGUUUACACAACAAGAAAGUGUAGAUUAUACCAAAACAUUUUCCCCUGUAGCCAAGCUUGUUACAGUGAGGAUUUUGCUCUCCAUUGCAGCUGUCAAGGACUGGUCCCUUUUCAAUUUGACGUCACUAACACAUUUCUCCAUGGAGAUUUGGAUGAGGAGAUUUAUAUGCGUAAACCACUCGAUUACACCAAAGGGGGCCCCAAUCAAGUAUGCAAGCUUCUCAAAAGCCUUUAUGGCCUUAAACAAGCUUCACGACAAUGUUUAUGUAGACGACAUUAUUAUUGCUGGAAAUUGUUCAUUUUCCAUUGCCUCCCUUAAAUGCUUCCUUAACACUCAAUUUAAGCUGAAAGACCUUGGCUGUUUGCGCUAUUUUCUUGGCUUGGAAGUUGCAAAAUCUUCCAAGGGCAUUCACUUGUGCCAAAGAAAGUAUGCUUUGGAUAUUUUGGUUGAUUCAAUGACACUUGGCAGCAAGCCUCUUAAGCUUCCUCUUUAG